AUGCUUAGCCGAGUAGUUUUCAUAAUUCUCCACUGGACCCUUCUAGUUCUUGCUGAUUCUAGAACGACAAGUGCCUUGGACAUAACAAUCUAUAGCAAUAAUGUUCGUUAUGCUGCCUCUAGGCGAGGAAGAGGUCGUGAUGAAUUACCAUGGAAAAUAAGAAAACAUGGUGUGGUUGAUGCAAUUAAAUCGCAAUCCGGAGUUGAUCCAAUUUUGAUAGGACUACAAGAGGUUACACAUGCACAGUUAAAAGAUAUAUUGAAAGGAUUAAAUAAGAAAAAUUCAGAAGACGAUAGACGGUGGACAUUUUUUGGUGUUGGUAGAGACAAUGGUCAUAAAAAAGGUGAAUAUUCUCCCAUACUAUACAAUACAGCAGAAUGGAACCUAUUAAAUGGAACUUAUAAAUGGUUGAGCUUCACCCCUGAUAAGCCUUCGAAGUAUCCAGGAGCAAGUAAGAAAAGAAUAGUCACAAUGGGUACUUUUAGCCAUGUCAAAACUGGGAAAGUUGUUAAUUUUGUCAAUACUCAUUUAGACCAUAGGUCUGUUAAGUCAAGAGAAUACAGUGCCAAACUAAUUAUUCAAUAUAUUAAAUCGAUACCCAAUUAUUUCCCUACAUUCUUGUGUGGAGAUUUCAAUUCCCUUGACACUGAUAAGGCAUAUGCAACUUUUUCUCACUAUAUGGUAGAUGCAUCACAUGUUGCUGAAAAGAAAUAUGACACCAAUCUCAAAACUUUUUCAGGAUUUGGCAAUGGUACCAGCUACAGUAUAGAUUUUAUUUGGUCUCCAAUGGAUACCAACGAUAAUUCUGGAACCAAUGCACUUUCUUACACCGUGUUAGAUAAUUUGUUUGAUGAAGGACAUAGGUUUAGUGAUCACAGGCCAGUGAUGGCACGUUAUUCUGUAACUAGUUAA